CGGCGAGGGAGCCUGGCAGGCAGCGGCCAGGCUCUCAGUAGUGGCACUGGCACCAUGGCCCACCCCGGACCACUACACGCAUUCUGCGGCUCCCAACUCUGGGAUACAAACCUUACAUGGACUGCUGAAACUCCUGAAUUCACAUCCUGUUUUGUGCGGACUAUACUGGUGUGGAUACCUUGUGGGUUUUUGUGGGUGUUCGCUCCAUUGCAGACUCACUAUGUCCUUUGCAGCGUGGAUAGGCAUAUUCCAUGGACAUGGCUCAACAUCUCCAAACUAGUUGGGUCUGCGCUCCUGUUAAUUAUUCAAUUUAUCGAUUUUUUUUAUGCUGUCCACAAAUGGAGAAUUGGAGAGGAUGUAUUUUGUGUUGAUUUUAUUACUCCGUUGCUUAUAUUUGCCUCGAUAUUAUUUCAGGCAGCCUGGGUGUUGAUAGAGAAGAAACGAGGAAUCCAGAGCUCUGGCUACCUUUUCAUGUUCUGGUUACUAGUGGUGGUUUGUGCCAUCCCCGAGUACGGCAGCCAUUUCAUCGCCCUCAUGGCAUCUGGCACAGGUUCCUUUAGCUUUGGUACCUUCAUGGUGUACUUUCCAGUAGUUGUGCUAAUGCUUAUCUUCAACUGCUUUGGUGAUGCCCCUCCACUGUAUGUCGACUACCCUAAAGGAGAGAAGCCAUGUCCAGAGCCUGGGGCAUCAUUCCUCAGUAGAAUAACAUUCUUCUGGAUGGAUAUGUUUUUUUGGAGGAGUUACAAAACACCUGUGAAGGAAACCGAUCUUUGGGAUUUAUCUUAUGAAAAUACUUCACGCACAGUAGUCUCAGCAUGGGACAAAUACUGGAAAAAAACUACAGCAGAAGCUUACAAAAAGGGUGAAUCUCGCACAUCGGCCACCUGCACCAAUAAUGCUACUCACAUAGAAAUCACAGGCAUUGCAGGGAACAAGGAGCAAUAUCUCUCCAUUUUACCCACUAUGGUGCGCAUGUUUGCACCCUCAUUUCUCAUGGGUGCCUUCCUCAAGCUCAUCCAUGAUAUACUGCAAUUCCUUAGUCCUCAGAUUCUCAGUUUAUUAAUAAAGUUUUCUGAAAGUGAAGAGGAUGAACCCAUGUGGCAUGGAUACAUGUAUGCUAUUCUGAUGCUGGUGUGUGCACAACUGCAGUCCCUCAUGCUUGGUCAAUAUUUUAUGAGGAUGAUGCUAGUAGGGCUUCGGAUACGAACAGGAGUUAUCUCUGCAAUUUAUCGCAAGGCAAUGAAGAUAUCCAAUUCUGCUAGAAAAGAGUCGACAGUUGGAGAGAUAGUAAACUUGAUGUCAGUUGAUGCUCAGCGAUUCAUGGAUCUCACAACCUACGUGAACAUGAUAUGGUCUGCACCACUACAAAUAUCUAUAGCUCUUUACUUCCUCUGGGACCUUCUAGGUCCAUCUGUAUUGUCUGGCUUGGCAGUUAUGAUUGUGCUUAUUCCAGUGAAUGGAGCUGUUGCAAAUAAAAUGAAGCAGCUACAGGUCAAGCAAAUGAAGAGCAAAGAUCAACGUGUGAAGCUUAUGAAUGAGAUUCUUAAUGGUAUUAAGGUUCUGAAACUAUAUGCUUGGGAACCUUCAUUUGAAGAUCAAGUGAUUGCUGUACGCAAUAAGGAAGUAGGUAUUCUGAAGCAAACAGCUGUCUUGAAUGCUUGCACAAGUUUCAUCUGGACUUCUACACCUUUUCUGGUCUCCCUAGCCACUUUUGCUACAUUCAUUAAUUUGUCCCAAGAAAAUAUUCUGGAUGCAAAAACGGCAUUCGUGUCUCUUGCUUUGUUCAAUCUUCUCCGCUUUCCUAUUGCUAUGUUACCCAUGCUCAUCUCUAACAUAGUGCAGGCCAAUGUCUCGCUUAAAAGGAUGAACAAAUUUAUGAAUGCUGAUGAGCUGGAUCCAAACUGUGUAUCAAGAGAUUAUUUAGAGAAUAAACCUAUUGUAAUUGAAAAUGGAACCUUUGCAUGGGGUCAUGGUGAAGAAGACAGUAAACCAGUGCUUAAGGGCAUUAAUAUGAGUGUGCCCGAGGGCUCACUGGUUGCUGUUGUUGGGAGUGUUGGUGCGGGCAAGUCUUCCCUCUGCUCGGCAGUUCUUGGAGAAAUGGAAAAAAAGUCAGGAAAAGUAAAUGUUAAGGGUCAUAUUGCAUAUGUUUCUCAACAACCCUGGAUUCAGAAUGCCACACUGGAAAACAAUAUUCUGUUUACAAAGACGAAAGAACCAAAUCGUUACAAUUUGUGUGUGAGAGCAUGUGCAUUACAGCCUGAUUUGGACAUGCUUCCAGGAGGUAAUCAAACUGAAAUUGGAGAAAAAGGCAUCAACCUGAGUGGAGGCCAAAAGCAGCGUGUCAGUCUGGCUCGUGCUGUAUAUGCCGAUGCUGACAUAUACCUCCUUGAUGACCCUCUCAGUGCUGUGGAUUCACAUGUGGGAAAGCACAUAUUUGAACAAGUGAUUGGACCUACAGGGCUCUUGAAGAACAAGACUCGCUUGUUGGUGACCCAUGGUUUGACAUAUCUACCUCAAGUAGACAAGAUAAUUGUCUUAAGCAAUGGAGUUAUCACUGAAGAAGGAACCUACAGAGAAUUGUUAGAAAGAAAAGGAAAAUUCCAAGAAUUUCUCCUCCAGUAUUUAUCUGAGGUAUCAGAAGAAGAUGAUCCCUUAGAAGAUCUGGAAGACAUCAGACAACAAUUGGAGAGUUCUCUGGGCAAAGAGGUAAUAGAGAAACAGCUGUUCCGGCAGAAGAGAGAGAGUGAGAGUGAAGGCAGUGCAGAGAGGGACAACAAAGAUGGUUACCAUCGACGGGGCAGUAAAAAGAUCAGUGAAUCAGAGAAGGUGCCGUCAGAUGUGAAGCCUGGAGAUAAAAUUAUUGAAGCUGAGAAAGCCGAGACUGGAAAGGUCGACUUUGGCGUGUAUCGGUAUUAUAUCCAAGCCAUUGGUGUUUGGUCCACUGUGUUGACACUUGUGUUUUAUGUAUUUUCUCAAGCCUCUACAUUGGGCUCUAAUGUAUGGCUCUCAGUGUGGGCUGAAGAUACUGACAAUGAUACCAAAACAAGAGACAUGUAUCUUGGGGUCUAUGGAGCUUUAGGUUUCGGACAAGUCAUUGGUGACUUAUUUGCUGAGAUAAAAAUCUCAGUCAUGAUGGUAGAAGCAUCUGCAAUUGUUCAUCAAAAGUUGCUGCACAAUGUGCUGAGACUCCCACAAACAUUCUUUGACUCAGUCCCAGUUGGUCGACUCCUCAGUCGAUUUUCUAAGGAUGUAAAUAGCAUGGACGUCGUGUUACCCGAUUUGAUGAAUGAGUUUACCUAUUGUGCUCUUGAAGUGCUAUCAACAUUUUUGGUAAUAAUCUACUCGACUCCUAUCUUUGUUGUGGUUAUGUUGCCAACCAUGAUCAUCUACUACCUUGUUCAGAAUUUGUAUGUGGCCACAUCUAGGCAGCUGAAGCGCAUUGAAUCAGUUUCCCGUUCCCCCAUCUACUCUCACUUCCAGGAGAGCAUACAAGGGGCAUCAACCAUCCGAGCAUACAGUAAGAAGCAGGAGUUCAUCUUAGAAUCUGAGAGAAGAGUUGAUUCCAAUCAGAUUUGUUACUACCCAAGUGUGAUGGCAAACAGAUGGUUGGCAAUUCGCCUGGAGACCAUUGGCAAUAUAUUGACAUUUUCUGCAGCUGCAUUUGCUGUCAUGAGUCGAGGCAGCAUCAGUGGUGGGAUAGUGGGAUUAUCUGUCAGCUAUGCACUAUCUGUAACACAAACUCUAAACUGGCUGGUUCGUAUGUCUUCUGAUGUGGAGAUCAACAUAGUAGCUGUAGAACGCAUCAAAGAAUAUACAGAAACUCCACAGGAGGCACCAUGGGACAUACCCAGUAAUAAGCCUCACAAGGAGUGGCCUGAAGCAGGAGUUGUAGAAUUUAAUCAGUAUUCUACUCGAUACCGUGAGGGGCUUGAUUUGGUAGUGAGGAACAUCGAUUGUAAGAUAACAAGAGGAGAAAAGAUUGGAAUUGUUGGAAGAACUGGUGCUGGUAAAUCAUCGCUGACAUUAGCUCUUUUCCGGAUCAUAGAAGCAGCUGGAGGGAAUAUCAUCAUUGACAACAUCAACAUUUCUAAGAUAGGUCUACAUGAUUUGCGGGGCCGACUUACCAUAAUUCCUCAGGAUCCUGUGCUGUUUAGUGGUACACUGCGCAUGAACCUUGAUCCCUUCAGUAAAUAUGAUGAUAGCAAGGUAUGGUCAGCACUGGAGCAGUCUCAUCUCAAGGAAUUUGUAUCUGGUCUACCAAACGGUCUUCAAUAUGAAGUGUCAGAAGGUGGAGAAAACCUCAGUGUUGGUCAGAGACAGUUGGUUUGUCUUGCACGAGCACUUUUACGCAAAACACGUGUUCUCAUCUUGGAUGAGGCGACAGCUGCAGUCGACUUGGAAACCGACAACCUCAUUCAGCAAACUAUACGACGAGAGUUUGCAGAUUGUACUGUGAUCACCAUUGCCCAUAGACUGAAUACGAUUAUGGACUCAACAAGGAUUCUCAUACUGGAUAAAGGAGAGAUCAAGGAAUUAGGCACCCCAGCAGCCCUCCUUAAUAAGAAGAAUUCACUAUUCUAUUGUUUGGCAAAGGAUGCUGGCAUUAUUUGAUAACUUUUACAUGAUAAAUGCAUAAAUUUAGUGUUCAUCAUUGUACUGGAUAUGUACAGUAAUGUGAUAUUUGUACAUGUCAUAAAAAUUAAGGUGUGAUUUUAUAAUUGAAUGAUGUAUUAAUUAAUUUACACUUUUACUGCAUUGAAUUUUAAUGAGGCCUGAUUUUUUUAUAUAUAAUAAAAAACAUGUCUUCAACAUUAAUUUGACUUCAUUAUGGUUGGAGAAUUAAAAAAAUUGUGUUCACUCUUUAAUGAAAGUUAACACUUUUGCGCUCGGGCAAGCAAGCACCCGACCACCCCAAGGUGGGCCGGGUAUUCCAUGGGAGCGCACAGUUUUCAAUUUUGGUUUUCACUCUUUUCAAUUUCGUCACGUCAAUUCUCAUCCUAGGUUUUUCAUUUUGGUAUCAAUGUGUUUGCAAUAAAAUUCCCUACAGGAAUAUAUGCAUAUAGUCCAAAAGCAAGGCAUAUCAUCUGCACCAAACUGAGAAAUUGGCAGCGCAUUACCCAUGAGUGCACAAGAGUAAUAACAUGUGUAUACACUCUUUUUUUCACUUUGGUCACCUCAAUUCUUGUCCUAGGUCUUUCAUUUUGGUAUCUAUGUGUUCGCAAUAAAAUUCCCUACAGGAGUAUAUGCAUAUAAUGUCUAAAACCAUGGAGCACCCUUCCCGCAGCCAAGCCAAAAGCAGGCCGAGCUUUUUUUAUUUUUGACACACCGAUGCGUCAUUCCCACACAUUCGUCUAAUAAUUUUUUUGACGUCAUGCUGUGUCGUGCCCAGGAGAAAGCGUUUAAUACUCUCAUGGAUAGAAUAUGUGGCUAUACACAUGAUUUUAUUCAUUUCACAUGGGAAAAGCUGUACAGAAAAUAAAUGGGAAUGAAAAAAAUAUUACUGUACAUGGCAAUUACCCAGAACACCUUUUUUAAUUUAGCACUACCAGUACUGAUGUGUACACUUCUUCUGGCAGGUACCCCUUAGUAGCUCUUUGUACCUAAGGCUGGUACCUGUGGUACCAGCCUUAGCCCCAAACAUCCAGCCUUUGAGAUCUGUCCAUCACUUUCCCGAAGCCAGGAAGUCGUCUUCAGGAUGGGGUCUCGGUCUUUGUUUCUAUUUCCCACAUCCUCCUGUUUUGUUGUCUUCUUCUGCUGCAGCUAUGGUUAUCAUUCCCAGGGUGUUUGCACUGCUCCAAUGAGUCAUGGCUUCAAAUGUUUUUUGGACCAUUGUGCCUGCAGGCUCUCCUUUCCUUGGAGGUGAGUAUAUCGAAGGUUUUGGUGGUGGCUGCUGCAUUUAUUCAGCACUUCAAUGGAUGUUUGGGUGCAAUGGCAGUCCCAAUUCCAGCUUUUAAGUCUACCAACUCUGCAAAAAUGAUCGUUUGUCAAGGGGGGUGCCUAAGUUCCUUCAAGCAGUUGCUUGUUCUGUUGUGCCUAUACUUUCUGUUUUUGUUUUUUCUAGUUUUGUGGUUGGUCUACAACCUCC